GCCACAUAAAAAGAAAAAUCAAAAUAUAUAUAUGAGAAGAUAAUUGCCAAGUGAUGUUACGUAGGUGUACUAUAAAUUAGAAAAUAAUUAUAUAUACAUAUAUUUGGUCAUAAUUGGCAUAACAACUCAUAAAACUCUCUAUUCUAAUUAUUCUUUCAGUAACUCCAUAAAUAUAUCCUCCAAAAAGUAUUGCUAAAGAAGAAGAACAAAUUUCCAGGAUAUAGGUACACCUAUAUAUAUGGAAAAUAAGGAGGAGAAGAAAAUAGAUGUGGGCACUGCAGAACCAGAACCAGAAUGGAGCGUACAGAACACAUUUGGUCCAACCAUGGGGUUGGAGAAUGGAAGGGAUGAUAAUGAAUUUCAUCAUCAUGACAUGAAAUUUUGGUGGAGAAAAAUAAAGGAAAUUUUGAAUGAAAAGAGGUGUUUUGUCCCAAUGUGGAAUAAAACAUUUCUAUUGGUUUGUGUUAUUGCUGUUACAUUAGACCCUUUAUUCCUCUAUAUUCCAAUGAUAGACAAAGAUAGAAAAUGCAUUAAGAUUGACAAUAAGUUGAGAAAUUCAGCUCUUGUUUUAAGAUCAUUAACAGAUAUUAUUUAUAUCAUUGAUAUUAUUUGUAACGUAGCUAAGGCCAUUGAGUUACUAAAAAAAUAUCAUAUAGUUAAGAUCACUGUUUCGGCUGUAGCAAAUUACACCUCUUGGUCUCUCGUCUUCGUUGACUUUCUAGCCAUCCUCCCACUUCCUCAGGUAAUAAUUUUAGGGUUUGAUAAAGGAAUAAUUGAAGCGUCGGGAUCUUCUAGCAAAAUAUUGCUAAAUGCGAUUCUUCUGUCUCAAUAUUUACCUAGGGUUUUUCGAAUCUACCAAUCAUGUAAAGAACUUGAAAAGAGUCAAGAUACAGUGACUAGAAUUGUUUGGGUUAAGGGUGGACUAAACUUUUUCCUCUACAUUCUUGCAAGUCAUGUGUUUGGAAGCUUUUGGUACUUUUACUCAUUCCAAAGAGAAACCUCAUGCUGGGAAAGAGCUUGUAACUUAUAUGGAAAAGAAUCAUGUGAAAAGUUUAACAAUAAUCAUAUUUGUAAUCAAAUUAGGGAAUCAGAACCAAGAAAUAUGACAAAUCUGAUCACUGAAUACUGUCCAAUAAAUCCCAAGAAUGCAACAAUCUUUGAUUUUGGGAUAUUUCAUGAAGCCCUUCAAUCUGAUCUCCUAGAAUCAAACGAUUUUCCUCAAAAGUUCAUCUACUCUUUUUGGUGGGGACUUAGAAAUCUCAGUUCACUUGGACAAAACCUGGAAACAAGUAACUAUAUUUGGGAGAAUUGCUUUGCCAUUUCUAUUUCUAUCAUUGGCUUGCUACUCUUUUUGUAUUUAAUUGGAAACUUACAGACAUAUUUGCAGUUGGCAACUGCCAAAUCAGAAGAGCUAGGAGAGAAGAUGAAAUUGAAAGAACAAGAAAUAGAAGUUUGGAUUGAAAAAAAUGGUCUACCAAAAGAAGAGAAGACUUCAAUUAUGCUUAAAGUCAAACACAAAUUGAAGGAAAACAAACAAGUUGAUGCUGAAAAUCUACUUUCUAUACUCCCUCCACAAGAUGCAAAACGCUUAAAGCUUCUCUUGUGCUUGCCUUUGCUUAAAAAAGUACCAUUGUUUGAGAAUAUGGAGAGAGAAAUACUUGAGUUGAUUUGUGCGCAUCUUAAGGUAGUAAUCUACACAGAAAGCAGUUAUAUGAUCCGAGAAGGAGACCCACUUGAUAGGAUGAUUUUCAUCACACAUGGCACAGCUUGGGCCUACACAAACAAUAAUAGUGAUAGUGUAAGUACAAGACGCCUUAAGAAAUGUGAUUAUUUUGGAGAAGAGCUGUUGGAGUGGUCAAGGACUCACACCAACAUUACUGAUUUUCCCAUUGGGACCACCAAUGUCAAGUCCCACACUAAGGUUGAAGCCUUCUCUCUUAUGGCCAAUGACUUGUUGAAUAUAGUUAAGAACAACUAUAGGUUCUUCAGGCGGAAUAUUCCGACCAAUCAACAACGCUGCGAGAUUUCGGUGCAGUUGGAGGAUGAUGAUCACGAUCAUGUUCAGUCACACCAAACUUCCAAGUAUCAACGCUUACACAAAUAGUUGUUUUUUAACUUGAGUUGAGUUCUUAAUACAUGCUUCUUUAUUUUAAAGAAUUCUAUAAGAAAAAUAACCAUGAAAAUGGUAUUCAUAUUAAAAUUUUAGAGCAAUAAGAGCACUCCUAACAACUUUUUUA